UUUCUUUCUUUCUUUCUUUCUUUCUUUCCUUAAAGCUAAGGUGUGCCAGAGGUGAUGCGCUGAUGCUGAGGAGCAUCAACAGCUGUGGGACAGUAGAACCCUCCCACCUGUAAGCACUGGCAGCAGGAGAGACUGUGGGACACUGGAGCACUCUGGCUGCCGCUGAGCGGGUCGCCUGCCCGCUGCCUGCAGCCACAGUGAUCCCACCACGAAACAUGAACCGGUCGCGAUGGGUUGAAUGGAGGACUCUGAAUAUGAGCGGUAGCGUGGUGAACCUGUCUGAGCACCUCUCCUGCCCUCUGGGAUUUGGUCACUACAACGCAGUCGACAUCUGUAUCCUUGAGACAGUUGUUAUCGUCCUGCUCACCUUCCUGAUCAUUGCGGGUAACCUGACUGUUAUCUUUGUUUUCCACUGCGCCCCGCUUCUGCACCAUUACACCACCAGCUAUUUCAUUCAGACCAUGGCCUACGCCGACCUUUUUGUUGGAGUGAGCUGCUUGGUCCCCACGCUGUCCCUGCUCCACUAUUCAACAGGCGUCCACGAGUCCCUGACGUGCCAAGUUUUCGGAUACAUCAUCUCCGUGUUAAAAAGCGUGUCUAUGGCAUGUCUGGCUUGCAUCAGCGUGGAUCGCUAUCUCGCUAUAACAAAGCCUCUCUCCUAUAAUCAACUGGUCACACCUUGUCGCUUGAGAAUCUGCAUCAUUUUGAUCUGGAUAUACUCUUGCCUGAUCUUCUUGCCUUCCUUUUUCGGCUGGGGAAAACCUGGUUACCACGGAGAUAUUUUUGAGUGGUGUGCUACCUCCUGGCUAACUAAUGCCUACUUCACUGGCUUUAUCGUCUGCUUACUGUACGCUCCUGCUGCCUUUGUCAUCUGCUUCACGUACUUCCACAUCUUCAAGAUCUGCCGGCAGCACACCAAAGAGAUCAACGAUCGGAGGGCUCGCUUUCCCAGCCACGAAGUGGACGCUGCUGGGGAGACGGGGCACAGCCCUGACCGCCGCUAUGCCAUGGUGUUGUUUCGGAUCACCAGCGUGUUCUACAUGCUGUGGCUCCCCUAUAUCAUAUACUUCCUGCUGGAGAGCUCUAGGGUGUUGGAGAACCCCGCGCUUUCCUUCUUAACAACGUGGCUUGCUAUAAGCAAUAGUUUCUGCAACUGUGUGAUCUAUAGCCUCUCCAACAGUGUUUUCAGGCUGGGACUACGGAGACUGUCAGAGACCAUGUGUUCAUCUUGCACGUGUCUAAAGGAUAGGGAUGUACAGGACCCUAAACCAAGGAAACGGGCUAAUUCCUGCUCCAUUUAAUGAACACUGGCGCGUGCCAUCAGACGUGGAGCUUUGAUAGCAUUUGCUGCAUCUGGGAACUUAACCAGAGGAGAAAUGUUUACUUGAAUAGUUUGCUAUGCUGUUAGAAAUGAGUUGAAAAGUGCUUUUGGGAAAGGAAAAGGCUGCUGUAAGAGGGGUCGCUGGACUCUGACUGUAGCUCUGAAAUUGUGAGCAGAGCCAUUCAGCAGAGACAACAGAGAAAGUCAGAACUUAAAUCUUCCAAAGGGCAUGAUGCAGCUCCUGCGUGGCAGGAGAGUCCUCACAAAAUAAACGAGUUAGUUACUACCUUCUCUUUUCUCCCUCGUAGAAAAGUUGUCUUACUAUCUUUGUGUCAGAAUAUACUGUAGCCUUCUGAAUUUAAGUAUAUUUACGAGGAAGCAAUCAACUACACAGUAAGUGGCUAUCCGUAAAUUAUAUUCCUGAGGACUUGCAGUAGAUGUUGCAGAUCAAUAACCAGCUCUGUCUCUGCUCACACCUGGUACCAUUUUCAGUUACACAGACAAUCUGCAGUGCAUACAACCUACGCAGGGAGUGAUGCUUUUGGAUAAAAAGGCACAUUCUGCUACAACCAAACCUUCCCCUCUCAUUUCCUUUUAUUUCCACCCCUCUCCGGCCCCCUCCAUCCCAUGCAUCUUUAGAUCCCAUCGUGUUGCAGGGGUUUAGUUUGAGGGCACCUACGAGGUAAGCUGAGUAACUGCAGCUGCCCGCCUGUAAGGACUUCUUCUGUCUUUCAUUCUCUGGAUCCUGCUAAAUUAGCACACAGUGUUGAUGUAGUGUCCUUUAGGGUGUACUAAAGCUUUUCCCUUAUUGUCUACACGAAUAAUCCUAACGCAGAUAUGGUAAUUGCACACAGCAGUGCGCAUCACUGCUUAGAAAAUUAAAAAUAAAUAACGAAACCUUUUCUUUUGGAAGUCUGGCUUACUGUUGUGGCUGCCAGUCCUUUGUGUGAACCUAGCUUGCACAUCCUGUAUUCUUUUCAAAUUACUUUUUUUUUUUUUAAGAGAAAAUGUAAGCUGUGGUCUGUGCCUAAUGUUUUCCUAGCACAUGGGAUAGGUCAGUGCUACAAGAUUAAAACACUGCACUCAUUUUAAGAGAAAUCCUUCUGUGCAGUUGUUGAAUAGAUGUUUGUCAGACAAGUGCUCUUGGAGAAGGUGAACAAGGCAGUUCGGUAUCAAAUACAGGCAACGAGCUUCAGUAUUUCCUUUUGUAGUGAACUGACUUUCAGGUCCACUGAUUAAAUCUUUUUUAUUUCGCAAGGGCGCACAUUGGGUUUGUGAAAUAAAUUGCCAGGGGUUCAGAUGCAUGCCAGUCGAUAAAACAAAUUAUUAUUUUGAACCAAAUGUAAUUUUCUUAGAUAGUUAUUGGCUUUUAAAAAAGGCCCAGUUAUUGAUUAUUGGUGCCUUUUAACACUGCACUAUGAUUCCUCCUUUCACCAAAACGCAUAUGUAAUAUCGUGCCUAUUACUUUUUGUAAUGGAAGCUAACCACGUUCGCACACUUGUGGUUUGACUCUAGAUCUCCCAUACUGGUGUACUCUCUGUUUUGUGGAGGUGGUUCUGAACCCCUGUACGUUUUUAAACCUGUAAGAAAGAUGAAACAAUGGAAUAAAGUAGUAUUAUGUAUAUCAAACCCAGCCUGAUUGUAGUUCCCUGAUGUUACGUCUCUUCUCUGUGCAAGUUCUUCUGGGUUCCAGCGACCUUCCGAAGGACUUUGGAAUUGCCCAUUUAAAAUCCCUGACUAGGACUGCCUGCUUUCUGUCCUCAGUGUUUGUAUGCUGGUUUCUAUCAUCACACAGCCUUUAAAGCAGAUCGAAAUAUGACUUGAAACAUUCCUCUAGCUAAGCUGAGCUGUUGCUGACGAUGAUCUCUGACAGAUAUUAUGGAGAAGCGAGUAGCGUUCUUUGCACGUACUCAUGUCUGUGGCAACGUGUGUAUUGCCUUCCUGCCUUCUUUAGAGAAGCUGCUGUUUAUUUCAGAAGUCUCCUUGGCUGCUCCAGAAGGUUGUUCAACCCUGUCUCACUUCAAAAACCAGGCCUGUAUUUGUGCUCUCUGUGGUGAUGUACUUAGUUUCCUGCCUGGCUAGGUUCUCGGUGCACAAGAUUUGGCCAACAAGUGGGGAAAUGCCUCAUUCCUCCCAGCUCGUGUGGUUGGUUUCAAGCCAAUGAAAUAGUUCUGCGUUUGUGCUCAGGGCUUUGUUGGCAUUUCCCGUAACAGGUUUCGGUGUGACCUUUGGAAAUCCAAGGAGAGUUCUAGGAAAUCCUUGUAGCUGACCAAACCUUUUAUUAAAAAGAAGAAACCCAACUCGAAGGCACCAGGUGCAUAUUUAUGUGGUGCCGUAGCUUCAGACAUGUUGAGAUACACAAGCUAGCUCAUUUGUAUCAGUAGUGCCUUAGCUGAACCCUGCUUGUGCAGCCCUGUAGGAUUGGUGCAGCAGCCCGUGGGGCAGGCAGCAAAACCUCCCUCCCUGUGUGCUGAGCUGGCACGUGGCACUUCCCUUGGUCCUCAGGCUGGUGUUGAAGGGACAGGACCUGGCAGAAAUCCCCUACCCUGCAUAUGAAUUGUAGGUACCCAGGUUCCUUGCUUUCUUUUUCCUUGAACCUCGAUAUAACAGUGGUGCAAGAGCGCUGACUUGCGUGUCUGAAGCCAGAAUUCCACUCACUUCAACCUGUUCUAUGUAAACCUGGAGUAUGUCAAAUAAUCCCCAGCCAAGUUCAAGCCUUCGCUACCUGGUGCUGUUCCCUACAUGACAGAGUUUGACAUGGUGGUCAGUCACAUGAAUUUUUAAAUUUAGUAAAUGUGUUUCAUUUUCUUACAGUGCUUUUUAAACUCAUGAUUGCAAAUGUUAUCGAAGGGAGGUUUGUUGCUGUUUUACUAAUGCUGUCUGAAGACUCCAGCUGGUGCUGAAUUCUCUUCCAGAAAUGAUAGGGCUGGAUGUUUUGGUGAGUUUAAAAAAAGUCCAGUAGAAAUUUCACUCUCCUGACCUGUCAGUUUUGAUUUUCAGUCUGUCUUUAUUUUGUCAAGUUUCAUGAUCUUGUAUUAAAAGGCAAGAUAACCCCAAUUGUCCAGUGGCAGCCAAAGUGCCACCAGAAGAGCGGUUUUCUCUUCACGGAGGCUCCUUUAUUUCCUAAAGCAGCCAGGUGAUUUCCCCUUGAAACACUCCUUACAGAGAAAGAAAAUGGUGGUCACAAAAAGCAUAAGGUGGUGUUUUACAUGCUUUCUUACUGAUUUUCUCAUAGUAAGAUUUUUUUUCCCCACUUCUGCUUACAAACACAUCUUGUGAUUGUACUUGGUAAAGCACGAGGUGUCAUGCUAGGUUUAUUUUUGGGCAGAAUCUUUACGUCUCCUCUGCUGAACAGUUCUUUAAUGAGCCGCCUUUUGUGGUACAGUUUAUGAACACCUUUUAAAAAUUGCAUUUAUUUUUUGUUCUUCCAAAUAUUUUACUGCGUUAGUAUUUGCCAGCUGAAUAUCUGUAGCCGUGCUUUAUUUUCACCCUCAGCAAAGCUAGUAAAAAUGGCUUUUUUUUUGGUAAAGUGACAUGCCAAUCAAUAUUAGAAAUUGGUUGUUGAGAAUCAUGGAUCGACGCAAUGAUUUGCAGUUUCAUUAGCUUAUUAUUGUGCAUAAGACAAGUGGAGCUUCAAUACCAACAAGAGAUAGUUGCUGCAACGGGAUAUCAAGUUGAUGGGAAAUGAAUUAGUUUGUAUACUAUCCCACAGCUGGUUCUCAACAUGGACCUCUUUCAUCUUUCUAUAUUACAUAUUGAUUCUGUGAUUCUUUGAUACACUUGUAGCCCAGCUAGCACAUCUAUGGAUUUUUGUGCUGUUAUUUGAAUGUCUGUAUCUCUGCCUCAGGGUGCUGCUGCGGUGGGAAGAAGCCUUUGCCAGCAGCGGCUCAGUGCUGGGCAGGUGCCCAGCCUGGAGCUGCCUUUACAGGGAGGGAGGAGUGCGCGGUGUUUGCUAAGCCAAAUACAAAGCUCAAAUAAAACCUGUUUCUUUCCCCCCUAUUUAACCUAAUUUACAUCUCAAUUUUUUUGGUAGAGUAUACUGACUCCUUUCUCCAUUCGAUAGCAGGAAAAUCCUUCCAGAAGACAUGAGCGGGGCUCCAAGGUGCUAACAGGGCAGUGCAUGAGCAGAGAAGAGGCUGCUGAGGGCACUCUUCCUCAGCAGAGCCUCAAGGAAACACUGCCAACCACUCAUCUCACCUUCACAUCCACCAUUUCUCCGGGCUUUUCCUUUAUUGAAGUACUGCGAAGGACAGGGGCAAGUAGAAGGAGGUCCUCGUGCUUCCAGCUGUGCUGACAGCAGGCUGGGAAAUGCUAUUUGAGGCCGUGGAAAUGCCUGCAGAUCUUUGGGAUUUUAUCACCAUCUUACCCUGCCUCCUGCCAGACGUAACCCUCCUGAGAAGGACGUGGCAGAAACGCUGCGGGCGUUUUGUGCUCAUCACCCUGCAGCUCGCUGUGAGCAAAGCACAGAUGGUUCUGAUUGCAAGGAAACUUCUAUACAUGCAGUGGUUGCCAGGGAAGGAGGUUUUACUUUGGUGUUCGCCCUGGCCCGUAAUCUAAGUUUAUGAGCAGAAAUGUUAGAAAAAGGGACAAACUGAAGUUUUUGAGGAGGAUCAGAGAUGUCAGCAUUGAGAGUAUUUCUGCAUCUGAUAUUGUUUUUUGUUUCUUCCUUUUCUUGGCAUGGAAUACAUCUGCCUGUUGUCUGGUUUUUCUUCUUCUGUAAAUUAUUUGAAUAAGCUCAAAUGCUUCACAGAUGAAGUCCAGGUAAUGAAAUAUUUGCAUGACAAAUUGGACUUGGAAAAGUAUGAUGGAGUGACAGAGAGACAACGAGGUGCAUCACUCAUAGAGCAUGCAGGUAUUUCACAUUUCCCGUGCUUUAGGUAGGAGAAUACCUGCAUCCAGUGAAGGUUUCUGCCCUUGAAUGAUCUCUCAAGUGUUAUUUAUACUUGGGCAUAAAUUAUUUAAAAGCUGCUCUUGUGUGACGUUUAAAUUUAUAAUUGUAAAUGGACAAAUGAUGUUUCCAGCGCUCGGGCUGGAUCCGUUCUGACCUCUGCAAGAGGUCUGCUGCAGCCCCAGGCUCUUAAUGCUUAUUAUCUGGUGGCAGCAUGCAGCUUCUCGUUAGCAGCUGUGCCAGGGUGGUGGGGCUGGGAGCUGUGCAGGGGAGCAGGAGCUGCUGGGGCCUCGGCUGGGCUCUCCUGGUACGCUGUGCAGGGCAGCCAGCCUGGGGCUUUGGGGGCCAGGCACUGCUUAAUGCUGCUGUGGUACUGGAUGUCUGUGCUUGUAUCUGUGCUUAAAUGAUGAGCAUCAAAUCUUAAGGCAUUUGUGUCCUUUCGCAAGAUGUAUUCCCCUCUAUUUCCUAUCCCUGUAGAUCCUUUUCAGCGCAGCGUGCCAUUUAAAUCUCUGAUUCAUGCUCACUGACUAAACCUGGGGCGGUUUAAAUUGUUCCAGCAACAGGAUGAAGCUGGGCCCUGCCUCGCCUCCUUUCCCUCAGCUGUUCUGGGCUCCUCUGUCAUCCCACCCUGCACCCCAAGAGCUGCGGGGGCUCCUGUUGGACUGGGCUGCACGAAGGUGAUCUGCCCCAAAAGCAGUGGGACAGGUUGCUGAAGGCAGCGAUGCUUUCCAUGGCUUCGGCAAGGUUUUUGCAGGAGGCUGUGGAUUAGAAUCUUUAAUGGCGAGCAGUAAGUUAAAAAUAAACAUUUCAAGGAGAGAUCCGUGUGAUGAGAGUAAUGAGUUGUUGUUAGGUCAGGAACAGAUUGGUCUCCUUUCCACCUGUGCCCUCAAUAGGGGAGCAGAAUCAUAAAAUAAUCGCUUAUAACCAGGCAGAUUUUUGGCUCUCCAGUUUCUAUAAUGAUCAUGCAGCUUGUAUGUAUACACAUACGUAUAUACUUAAGGAUUGCAAACGGUCACAGAACAGCAGGUUUCUGUGGGAGCUUUCUCUUCAUUUCAAGGGCUUUGAGGACUGCUUUGUGGCUGGAGUCAGAUAAGUACAGUCUGUGCUGAAACAACCAGAGCCAAACCAGCAAGCAGGCUGUCAGGGAAAGGCCUUUACCCCACGCUGCUGUGUCUGGAAUACUGGCUAUGUAAUGUUUUCAGGCAAUAACUCGGAGUGCUUUAUGAAGAUGACAUAAAACAUUAAAAAAAUUUAAUAAAUGCAAAUGCAAUUCCGUGCUAUCAUGACAAAAUUGUUUUUAAGAUUUUUAAUUUUUCAACUCAGGACUUAAGGAGACCGUACUUUCUGGUAUCUAGCAUCUCAGGAAGAAGCAGUUAAUUAGUAUCAUUUGCUGACUUUGCUUUAUUUCUGUGCUUGAUCUCUGGCUUUUUUAAAUUUUAUUUGAAUACAAAUUUUAAAUUCAGUUUUGCUGAUACUUAGAUAUGUUCUUCACUUCUGUAAAAGCCUUUACAAGAGUAUGAGAGGGAGCUUCAAAGGAGCUGUGUCUAGUCCUAGGUCUACUUAGGAUGCAUUCUGUGGUAUCAAAACAAAGUUGCUGCUGUACCUUUUUUACUGGAAUUUGGGAGUUUUGGCAGCAAGCCUCAGGCACAGGUGCCAGAUUCUCCUAGCUUUUUCUUUUGGGCUGAAAUGUGAUGUGUCACUGCUUUUGUUUGUGAAUGUACAGAUAAAGAAACUGUUUGGGUGGUGAAUUAACAUUUUGGAUGGGAUUUAUGGAGAUACUUUCUCGUUUUUGUAUUUUCUUCAAUUUUGCUGGGAGUAUAUGAGGCUUAUUGCUGAAGUGCAGCUGGAAGUGUUACCUGUUUUCCUCAUGCAUUUGCAGUUCCUUUCUUCUGAGUUCUCAACUCAGCUUCUGGAGGGACAUUAUGGUUGUGAUGGUUGGGCAUUGGUACGGUUGUGCUUGGUGCUCAUCUGAUUUGAUGAAUCUUCUGCAUUAAGUGAUGCUUGUAUUUUAAAAAUGAAAGUCACAACAGAGUGCUCUUGUGAUGCUGAUUUUGUCUGUGGUAGAAAAAUAGACUUAUAGCAAGCCAGAAAUGUUCUACGUUGGUAAAAAGAGAUUUGGGAUGCAACGUAGGUGAGGAAUAUCUGUUUGUGAUUUAUUUGGCGUAAGAUUUAAAUUUGGAAAGGCAGAUGAGAUUUAAGAGAGAAAUGUAAUUAUUGAUCCUGUAGAAAAACAGCCCUGAAUUUUCAGCUGGCCGUGGAACAAACGGUGUCUGUUUCCUAUCAAGAAGAGGUUCUGGGUUACUGUAAGAAGUAUUAGGGAAGUUUUAGUUUAAUAAACAUCAGCUGAUCCAAAAGCAGUGAGACGUUUGUAGUUAUAAAAAAGGAAAGAAAACUGUUAGCAUCAGUACCAUCAGCAUGAGGUUUCUGAUUCAAACAGUGUAGUUAUAGAUCUCUUUGAUAAUUAAACUACUAACUAUUAGAUUAUGAAUUAACACUCUAUCUCGUCUGCACUCUUCUGGGCUAGGUUCUCUCUCUGUGCAUGAGAUUAACCAUGGGGCAGGGGCAACCAGGGCUGUCCUUUUCUGCCCACUUCUUUGUUGGCCGUCUUGGAGCAGCCAAGCAUCAUCACUGUUGGAGCUGCUGUGGUGGAAGAGGAACUCAUCAUGUGGAGGAGAAGAGUUAGUUGACGCCAUGCCAAGAUUGAAAAUCAGAAAGAUGAGAGGAGUGCGACUUUGAAUUGCAAAAGAGACGUGUGUGUUUUAAGAGAUCUGUUGUUUGCUUUCAACCUCCAGCUUAGCUAAAGCAUUCUGAAACCAUAUUAACCCUGCUGGUGUUUUUCACCCACGAAAUGCCCUGAACAAGAAAUGAAGAUGCAGAACGUUUCCUGUCAUCCCUCCAUUGCCUAGGGUUAUUUCAUGUGAACUCCCUCCCUCCCAGGGGAAUAUAAUGGGAGCUGGGCCUGGUGUUUUCCGGAGCCACCCCACUGCGGACAGCUUCAACGUUUUGACCUCUCACUGGAAUCUUUCCUGCUCUGAGAUUUAUGAGCUCUCAGAGGCUCUGCAGUUGGCUGCACCUCUGUGAGCUCUGGCUCAUCAACGACAAGAUAGGUGUUGGAAGCAUCAUUCCACCAAAUGGACUUCUUGUGUUUGACGGGCAUGCUGAGGGCUGGACUUCGUUGUCACGUUCCUUGGCUGAAAGAUGGCAGCCUCUUGGCAACCAUGCUGCUGUGCAGGCACUGGGGCAGCAGUCACUGGAGGGGAGGGCACAGUGGCCUCCGGGCCUCAGCCAGCUGCUCUGGAGCAUGGACCUGAGAUGUUUGUGCAGGUGAUGGUUCUCUCUUGGAUUCCUCAUUCUCCAUCUGACUGAGGUAGGCACCCAUGUUGCAGAGCAGCCGGGCUGUGUUGCCAGGUGCCAGUGGAACCCAACUGGCAUGGCCUGGGUUCCACUCACGGUGGUGACAUCCCUGCACGGUGGCCCAGAUGCUGUAGGCAGUCCACUACAAAAAGGGCUUCUAACCUUAUCUCAAUAACUUUUUAAAAUGCAGAAAUGACAAAAUAUAGCAGUGAGACUAACAGCAGGAUCCCACAGUGAGCAAGGCCUUGAUGGGCCGUGGUAAGGUUAGAGCGUUCCUCUUGUGGUCACCAGCAUGUCAUUUUUUUUCUGGAAUAACACAUUAUUCAUUUAAAAAUAAAAUCCAGCAUUCAAACUAGACUUCUGUGGAACUGAUAUAUUUAAUGGAGUUGGAAACAGCAUCUAGUUUGCUCUGCCAUCAGCAUAUCUCCACAACUGGAUGUUCUCACCUCUACUUCUUGUAGAGAACUUUCAUCCCACCUCUUUCACUCUGCAAUUAGAGUUGUUACAUAUGGUUUGCCUCUAAUAACACAUUCACAUUUUCUUUAAAACCAGCAUCAGUAAUAAGUGUUCUGUGACUAAAACUGUUGUUUAAGGUGCGUUUGUGUUUUUUCUCUAAGUUCCACACAUGAGUGUUAGUGCUUUGUCUUGCUCAUGUACUUACUGAAUUUACUGAACUUGUGGAAACCAGUAAGUCUAUGGGAAUUCUUAUUUUUCUUCCAUACAAAGAAGAUAUUAAUUGAAAAAAACAAUAUGCUUAUGUAGCACUGGAACUUUGCAGUAUUUUCAGCAGGAUUCCCUUUUGCAGCUUCUAAAGCAGGCAGCUUGUUACAAUUAUUAAUUACAGAUAUUUUGGUCUAAUUCUUCAUUCCUUCUGCAAGCAGAAUUCGUAUUGACUUGGGGGAAUCUUGGAAUACUAAGGAGCCUCUGCUCAGUUCUCUCUACUCAGGUGACCAGUAAUAUGGAGAGCCCUAGACUUGUGAUGUUUAGGCAGGUACAUGACGUGACUCAUGUCUAGCUCCAUUACAGUAGAGACAAAUGCAUCAGUAGAGACAAAUGCAUCAGCAGCACUACUAAUGAGAACCGAAGAACUGCAUAAUAAAAGUGUGCAUCUGUGUGUGUGUGUGCUAAACUGAAAAGUGAAUGUUAAAGUAUGCUCAGAAAAGUCAUUUUUCUCAUCUGUGAAGUGAAAUAGCUAAGAUGCUUAUUUUAUACAUUAUGCAUUUUUUACAUUAUUUUAGAAGCUUACUGAGAAACUUAAAAUAUAGGUUAUUACAGUAAAAACAUGAUAAUGUAACUCUGGAAAGUAAUUAUAUUAAAAUGUUGAUUAGAAUGUCUGAAUUCCAAAGAGACUGGCGAUGUUUUGUUAUAGAUUUGCUGAACCUUUGAAUCCCAACCUAUUCUUCGUUGAUUGCAUUGCUCUUAUUUUAUGAUUUAACAGCAUUUCCUGUUUUUCCUUGAAGUGAAAUAAGAUCGUAUGAGCACAAAAGGCACUGUAUGGCAAAUUAAUUCAUUCGAGAUUGUAUCGUAUUUUUCAUUACUGCCAUCUGAUACUGUUUCUGUUGACUGAUAGAAUAUUCAAACAUUCAAAAAUAGAUUUGAAAUCUGAAACCUGGUAGUAAAUGUACUCUUUUUUUUAAUGGAAAAAUAUUUUAUUUCAUCUGCGAGAUUGUGAUCUUCUCUCUGUAUCUGUACUGUUUACCAUUGGGUAGGUUUCUUGUUAGACAUUUAACAUGGUUCCUUGACUCCUGCGACAGGAAGCCUUCUUACAGCCUCUGAGAGCUUCCUGCGUAACAGAAGAUUGGUGGUCACGCUUCAGUUUAUUAUUUGUGCCUUCUUCAUUGUCCGCAAGAAAAUAAUCUCAUGCGUACAAAUCAAGUUCAGGUUAUGUUUGUGCUUUCUCUUUGUUCAGCCUUGUCAGUUCUUUAUGCUCCGUUGCAGCAGCAUCUCUGGCUGUAUUUGAGUUGACCUGUUUUCUUAUUAAUCAUUUUACUUCAAAAUUAGGGCAGCAUUAGCAUACAUUGUGUUACUUUUGUAUUUGAUAGUUCAUGGAGUUUUGUGAAUUCACAGCUAAGAUUCAGAGCCUGAAUUUAGUGUUUGCUGCCAGUAGAUUUGUAUCCUGUCUUGCUAACCAUUGCUUAUAAUAUUUAAAGUAGUUCUAAUGUUAACAUUUAGAUAAUGGAGCUUUAAAUUUAGACUUGAUUCUUUAAUUCUCCUAAUAAACUAGUGGCUUUUG